GUCGGCUCUGUUGCGGACCACCAGGUAGUGUGAGCAAGAAGAUGAUAUCUCUGUCCGUCAAGUGGCCACUUGGAACCAUGCUGCUUCUACUGUCCUCACUGUUGAUUCUCUUAACUGUGUCAACUCCUUCCUGGUGUCAGAGCAGUGACACCUCGUCUCCAAAAGCUAGUAAUGGGUCACCAUUCCCUUGGGAUAAAAUUCGACUUCCUGAGCACAUCAGCCCGGUUCAUUAUGAUCUCAUGAUCCAUGCAAAUCUCACCACUCUGACUUUCGAGGGAACCACUCAAAUAGAAAUCACAGCCAGCCGGCCUACCACUACCAUCAUCCUGCAUAGUCACCACCUGCAAAUAUCUAAGGCCACCCUCAGGAAGAGAGUUGGAGAGAGACUGACUGCAGAACCAUUGAGAGUCCUGGAAUACCCGCUUCAUGAGCAAAUCGCACUUCUGGCUCCCGAGCCUCUGGUUGUUGGGCUCCUGUACACAGUUGUCAUUGACUAUGCUGGCACCCUUUCUGAGCAUUUAAAUGGAUUUUAUAAAAGCACCUACAGAACCAAAGAAGGGGAAGUAAGAGUACUUGCAUCAACACAUUUUGAACCUACUGCAGCCAGAAUGGCCUUUCCCUGCUUUGAUGAACCUUCCUUCAAAGCAAAUUUUUCAGUCAAGAUCAGAAGGGAGCCAAGGCACCUGUCCAUCUCCAAUAUGCCACUGGUUAAAUCUGUGACUAUUGCUGAAGGACUCAUAGAAGACCAUUUUGAUGUCACUGUGAAGAUGAGCACCUACCUGGUGGCUUUCAUUAUUUCAGAUUUUAAGUCUGUUAGCAAGAUGACCAAGAGUGGAAUCAAGGUUUCCAUAUAUGCUGUGCCAGACAAGAUACAUCAGGCAGAUUAUGCACUGGAUGCUGCAGUGACUCUUCUAGAGUUUUAUGAAGAUUAUUUCAGCAUUCCAUAUCCCUUACCCAAACAAGAUCUUGCUGCUAUUCCUGACUUUGAGAGUGGCGCUAUGGAAAACUGGGGACUGACCACAUACAGAGAAUCUGUUCUAUUGUUUGAUUCUGAAAAGUCUUCUGCAUCAAAUAAGCUUGGCAUUACUUUGACUGUGUCCCAUGAACUCGCCCACCAGUGGUUUGGGAAUCUCGUGACUAUGGAAUGGUGGAAUGAUCUUUGGCUAAAUGAGGGAUUUGCGAAGUUUAUGGAGUUUGUGUCUGUCACUGUGACUCAUCCAGAACUGAAAGUCGAAGAUUAUUUCUUUGGCAAGUGUUUUGAUGUGAUGGAGGUAGACGCAUUAAAUUCUUCACACCCUGUGUCGACAGCUGUAGAGAAUCCUGCUCAGAUUCGGGAAAUGUUUGAUGAAGUUUCUUAUGAAAAGGGAGCUUGUAUUCUGAAUAUGCUAAGGGAUUAUCUCAGUGCUGAUGCAUUUAAAAGUGGUAUUGUACAGUAUCUCCAGAAGUAUAGCUAUAAAAACACAAAAAAUGAGGACCUGUGGAAUAGUAUGGCAAGUAUUUGUCCUGCCGAUGACACACAAAGAAUGGAUGGCUUUUGCUCCAGGGGUGCACAUUCAUCCUCAUCCUCACACUGGCGUCAGGAAGGCCUUGAUGUGAAAACCAUGAUGAACACGUGGACGCUGCAAAAAGGCUUUCCCCUGAUAACCAUCACGGUGAGAGGGAGGAAUGUACACAUGAAGCAAGAGCACUACAGGAAAGGACCUGAUGACGCCUCAGAAACUGGGUACCUGUGGCAUGUUCCAUUGACAUUCAUUACGAGCAAAUCAGAUUCAGUCCAAAGAUUUUUGCUGAAGACAAAAACAGAUGUGCUCAUUCUCCCAGAAGAGGUAGAAUGGAUCAAAUUUAAUGUUGGAAUGAAUGGCUAUUACAUUGUGCAUUAUGAGGAUGAUGGAUGGAAUUCUUUGAGUGGUCUUUUAAGAGGAGCACAUACAACAAUCAGCAGCAAUGAUCGGGCCAGUCUCAUUAACAAUGCAUUUCAGCUUGUCAGCAAUGGAAAGCUAUCAAUUGAAAAAGCCUUGGAUUUAACCCUAUACUUGAAGCAUGAAACUGAAAUUAUGCCCGUGUUCCAAAGUUUGAAUGAGCUGAUACCUAUGUAUAAACUGAUGGAGAAAAGAGAUAUGAAGGAAGUGGAAAAUCAGUUCAAGGCCUUUCUCAUCAGGCUGCUGAGGGACCUCAUUGAUAAUCAGACGUGGACAGAUGAGGGCUCAGUCUCACAGCGAAUGCUGCGGAGCCAGCUCCUCCUCCUUGCCUGCAUGUGCAAGUAUCAGCCCUGUGUACAGAGGGCAGAAGCCUAUUUCAGAGAGUGGAAGGAAGCUGGUGGAAAUUUGAGUCUGCCCAGUGAUGUAACCUUGGCGGUGUUCGCUGUGGGGGUCCAGAACCCUGAAGGAUGGGAUUUUCUUUAUAGUAAAUAUCAGUCAUCUUUGUCCAGUACCGAGAAAAACGAAAUUGAAUUUGCCCUCAGUAUUAGCCAAAAUGAGGGAAAGCUUCAGUGGCUACUAGAUGAAAGUUUUAAGGGAGAUAAAAUAAAAAUUCAAGAGUUUCCACGUAUCCUUAGAGCUGUUGGCAGGAACCCGGUGGGAUAUCCAUUGGCCUGGCAGUUUCUGAGGGAAAAUUGGGAUAAACUUAUACAAAAGUUUGAACUUGGCUCAUCUUCUUUAACAAAUAUGGUAAUAGGAACAACAAAUCAGUUCUCCACAAGAGCACGGCUUGAGGAGGUAAAAGGAUUCUUCAGCUCCUUGAAAGAAAACAGUUCUCAGCUCCGUUGUGUCCAGCAAACAAUUGAAACCAUUGAGGAAAACAUUCGUUGGAUGGAUAAGAAUUUUGAUAAAAUCAGAGUGUGGCUCCAAAGCGAGAAGCUUGCACUGCUCUAA